GAGUGCUGGCGUGUCCACCGCAUGUAUACAGGAAGAAUGUUUAUUAACCGUUUGUACUUCCAUUGGGAACGUUCCGGGAGUCCAGACGUCUAAGGCCUGCCUCGCGUUGUGCAAUGCGGUAUUGUUUCCACCUCCAGGAUACCACAAGUUCAAACAUUUCAGCAGAUUUGAACACUUUUAGAGAACCUUCUCAGGCUGUGCUCCAACCUCGAGGCUUCUGAUUUGCGACCACCCGAACGCCUCAUGAAGGACAUUGUGCCUGUGAACUAUGACAUACUUAACUGCCAGGCUGGCUAUGACGAGUCCAGACGAGAAAACGUCCCUACCGUUCUCAAAGAAAACUCUCUUUGAACAGGCCUGGGAAGAGUAUCGCACAACCAUCAACUCGUCCCAGAUCAAAAAGGUCAAAUUCAUCGAAAAAUGUUCAAAGUUUGCCUCAGAAUGGCAUGAUCCUGUUACAGCCAUAAAUGAAGCUAUCACAGAGGUGGAGACUCGGAGUCAGGAUUACCAGAGACAGUCCCGGAAGGUGGUUCGCACGUAUCUGCUCCCAUUCAUGAACGCUCUGACGAGCUUCACUGGUAUCGUGGAUUCAUUAAGUCAAUUUUUUGCUCGUCGUAGAUGCCCUCCUGGAUUGACCCUUGAUCAAUACGGGAGACUCUUUGAAACCAUCCACUACGAGUUGGCCUCUCUCAGUGAUCAUCUAGAGAAUAUCGCUGGCUAUGGCGACCUGUACCAAACAAACCAAAAAAUGCAGAGUACCCUCUGUAAUGCUUACAUCAAUAUUAUCCGCUUCUGGCAUAGAGUUGAUAAAGAAUGCACCAAGUCAGGACCAAAGUUCGGGACACCUUUCAGCACAAAGAAGUUGGGGUGCAUCGUAAGUCACAUGCGUGAGGAUGUUGUGAAGAUUAAAGCAUACGCUGGCCUGCCUCACAACCAAGAGUCAGGCGAGGACCGUCAGGCGAAUAAAGCAGUCCGGCAGGAGGUGGGAGAAGAGAGGAUCAGGGUAGAAGAUCACCGCCGCUUUCAGUGGGAGUGCGAUGGAACGCGGAAGCUGGACAUAGUCUUGGAUUGGCUGUCAUCAGAGUCCUUGAACAAUCAGUGUCUCGCACUGCAAGGCAGGAACUUACGUGGCCGUAGCCAAAUCACUUGCCAAUGGCUAUUUUCCCAUGACGAAUUUCUCCAAUGGCAGAACAAUCCCCCAUUAUCACCGAUCUUGUGGAUCCAUGGUCCGCCUGGAUCCGGGAAAUCGACUCUGUGUUCGAGCGCCAUCGAAUUCCUGGCCAAAAGCCCAGGAUCGGAUGUGGUGAUUUUUCACUUUUAUGACUUUGCGCAGCAUCUUUCUCCAGAGCAGAUAUUGUCUAUUCUCGCAGCACAACUCCUCCUGCAAUACCGCCAGCGCCUGCAGGAAAUUCCAGAUGAAUUGCAGAAAAUCAUACAUGCGCCCGAAUCUCUCCUUGAAAGGGUUCAAAAAGUCAUCAAGGCAUUAAUUGAAGGAUAUUCGAGGAUCUACUUCUUUCUCGAUGGUCUGGAUGAGGAGACGACAACGAAAAGUUUGUGGGAUGAUGCUGUAUUAGUGCUUCGUUUUCUCGCCAAGCUCGUGGACGACUCUCCUACCAGAGUUCGUGUAUGGUGUAGUAGCCAGCGCCGGGAUUGCAUUAGCAAGGAACUCCGGGGGUGCCGUAGCCUCGAUAUCGAUGGCUACACGAGGAGCGAUCUCGCUUUGUACUUCUCAGACGAGGUUUCUAAGCUUCGGUUACUAUGGUCGAGUCCUUCCGAGCAAGCUCCUAUCCUGGAAAUGUUGAAAAGUCGUGCCGAGUGUAGUUUUAUUUGGGCAAAGUUCAUGAUAGACGCCCUUGAAGAAUGUUGGUCGACCGCUAGGAUGGAAGAACAUCUCAAAGGGUUCCCGGAGACUCUGGCAGAGUAUUAUCACAGAUUUUUCGAGUGUAUGGAGAAGCUUGACCGCCCACUAGCUUGCAAAGUCUUUUCACUCGUUAUUUUUGCCCGACGUCCUCUGCGAUUGAAAGAACUUACUGAGGCUGUAUCGUGCUUGGAGAGUGAGCCCCACAAAGAACUCCAGCACAAGGUCAAGCCCAACUUCAACACCAUCCGUGCCAUAGUCCAACCCUUCAUCGAAUUCAUCAAUACCGAUGGCACAGAUGAUUCUUGCACUGAGGAGCAAUAUACCUGUCGUAUCUUACAUUCUACCCUGCGCGAUUUCCUUGUGGACCAUCCAAAUAUCCUGUGCGACAAUUCCUCAAAUCUUCGUAUUAGCGCUGAGUGGCCGGCUCGCGCUUGUUUACAUUACCUGGGACAAUCUCGAUAUUCCGGUCUACUAGUCAGACGGGAGGGAAGGUGGCUUGACGUGACGGAAGACCCGGUCGAUUGUCGCCCUUUGCUUGUGUAUGCAGCAAAGUACUGGGACAAACACCUUGACGACGUCACUAUCGCAGAAAUAGGUAGUGUUGAGUCUUUCAUCACUUCUCCUAACUUUUGGACCUGCGUGCAGGUCCAGAGCCUAUGGGUAGAAGCGCAAUUUUCGUUCUUCUCCCGUCCCAAUGAAGACAAUGGCUUUAACACAUAUUUUCGGCGGGUGUUCCCAUCAUGGUUUGCACGAGCUCAAACCGGUCUUGGUCAAAAGCUUUGGAGAGACUACCGCCGAUUUUUGCAGGACUGGAUAUAUUUCCUUAGCUGCGAGCAGUGUGGCGGAGAAAAGACAUGCGAAAUACUCCCAUACAUCGGACAAUUAGAUCGCAUAUGGUUCGGAGCUCUUGGUCCGAACAAUUUUCUGUCUCGAUUGGAGGACAAAUACACAUGUUUUGCAUUCCAAACGGAUGUCGAUUCUGAUGGAGUCCAGUACGUUUUUGAUGCGGUCAGUGAGACAGGAGACAAAGUCAUGAUAUUACGGAUACAGCUAGAAGCUCGUGUCAGCAGAUCAUCCAUCCUCAAAUGCUCUUGCGAGAGCUGGAAUCUAUCUAAAGAGCACCCUCCGGAACUCCAGCACAAGCAGACCAUACAACUCAGCACCAGUAGUUGCAACUGGAAGUUAUAUACGGAGUCCGUAACCGAUCCUACCUUACAGACAGGCAAGGCUGCACCAGCUGCUUUCGGACCAGAUUGUCAAACCCUCCGGAUUGGCACCCAGCUGUACAGGCAAGCCAAAAAUGGCAGAUUUAUCGCCAUUCCUACGCAAUACUUUCUGUGCGAUCUGCGCUCCAUCUACUUCGAGGAGUUUGCACGUCGUCGUCAGUUCCUCGUUCUCACUUCCCGAACAAAGAUUUCCAAAGGAGAUCUCAGAGUGACGCAGAUCAAAGCAGACGGAGCAGGUGAUGAAGACGACGACCUAGACACAAGUGCCGAUGAAGAUUCAUGGGUAGAAGAGGAUGAGGAUUUUAAAGAUGGAGACAGUUCCAUAGAGACCGCAUCGGAUUCAGAAGAUGAGUUCGAACGCGGAACUGAGUCGGAAAAUUCGAGCAACGAGAGCACAAGUGAAGGCAACACCAACUGUUCUGCUAAUUUCGGAUUUGAAGACGAUAUACUCCCUCUAUGGGCCAAUCACUUUGGCAACGAAGACACUGACACUGACACUGACAAUGAGAGCUAUCAUUCCUUUGAUAUCAGUGGUUUCGGUGUUGAAAUCAAUGCCCACUCGAAGGACUGCGAUGACAUUUCCGAACACGAAAAGGAUUUAGAAAGUAGCUAUGAUGAAGUGUUCGACGACCACUUCUUUCGCCACGAGGGACGACACGACUGGGAGGGACCAUGGAGUGAACGCGCAGAGAAGCAAAAGGCUCAAGCAACCAUCACUGUGUUUGACACUCGAUCGUGCACUCGUCUCUUCCGCCUGAGGCAGCCAAUCAAGUGUAGACUGUUUGCUUCGCCGCCUGUCUUCCACCCUACGAAGUCCCUGAUCGUCUGGCCACUCGGCGAUGGCAAUAUACUGUUUGUGUAUUACUUGGCCAAAACGCACUUCACCCGGCGGCUGCAGCCAUCAACCCCCCACACGGGUCAUGUCUUCAUGAAAAUCCAUUUUUCUGAAUGUGGUGAAUUUUUGCAUAUCGCCACUCUUGAAGCACAAGGGAAGGCUCCGGAAUUGAAGGACUCAGAACCCCUGCCUCCCAUUAAACUAGCUCUUCUCGUGUGCACGUACCGUCUUUCUCGGAGAAAGACUGCCAAGUCACCUCAGAAGAUUCAUUGCAUGAAGUUAGCGCUAGGCCAAACUACACGGCUGCACGUAUCGAAGAUGCCAUUCACGCUCACUUGGACAUCAAAGGAUCUCUACUUCAGUUGCAGCAGAAAGUUGCUGCAAGUUUACCGCAUUCCGUUGUUUGGAUCAACAGAAGAGAAGGGCAAGGAGGAUCAACAGCCCGUAUGGAAGCCUCGGAAGCCAUUUUUUCUCCCGCACAGUGCCAGUAACCGAGCAGUAUACUAUUUCCCUCCUGCGGAGAAUAAGAGUGGCAAGGAGCAAUUACCCGCACGCAUGCUCAUCGGGAGCGACUUUACAGCACUGAAUGAUAUUGAACCAAACGAAGCUGAAGAGGAUUACGACAUUUUGUUAGUGGAACGCGUCAUCGACCACUCUGUUGGCAGAAGAGGAGAAUUUCAUCCGCCCAUUGGGUGCUAUGUCGAUGAAGACACCAACCUUGGCGGAUGGGUUGAUUCUCAUGCCCGCGCGAAUAUUUUACAAGAUCGCGGCGUUGGCCAUUUCGACAUGCCAGCCGAACGCUUCAAUUCUGAUGAUGAUUGCGACUGUGAGUGCUACUAUCAGGCUACUGGAACUGUUCAUCUAUUGAUUAUACCAGCACUAGGAACUAGAUCCAAGGCCUUACAAUAUUGGUACCAGUUUCAGAAUUCAUGUACUUCUUCAGUCGACUAUACCGAUUCGUUCUUCCCCUAA